UGUUCAAGGCAUGAUAACAGGAAUUCGAGGACUGUGUAAUGGUUUGGGACCAGCACUGUAUGGCUUUAUAUUCUAUAUAUUUCACGUUGAACUGAAUGAACUCCCCAUGCCUGAAUCCCCAUCAGGAGGUGGUGUGGUCUCACAGUACCAUUUACAACAGAAUUCUAUAAUUCCUGGACCCCCCUUCUUAUUUGGAGCCUGCUCUGUGCUGUUGGCGCUACUUGUUGCCUUGUUCAUUCCUGAACACACAAACCUAACCGUGCGGCCCAGCAACUGGAAGAAGCACUGUGGCAGCCAUGGCCAUCCCCACAGUCCACAAGCUCCUGGUGAAGCUAAAGAACCAUUAUUGCAAGAUACAAAUGUAUGACAAAAAUCCAAGAUGAGCUUUUGGACUCUUUUUUUUCAUCAACAGUUUGGGAUACACAUUCCAGUUCCAUCAAAA